UCUCCUCCUGCUGCGGACAAAAAAAAAAAAGCUGUAACCAGCCUCUCCAUUUUUAAAGCUCCGUUUGUAAAUAAUAGAAAUAAAUAAAUCCCCCAGGAUGUCAACGCAUUUCAGGAGCGGGCCUGCCUUCGGGCUUUCCGCAGAGGUCAAGAGUAAGCUGGCGGGAAAGUACGACCCACAGAAGGAGGAGGAGCUGCGGCUGUGGAUUGAGGACGUGACGGGGAAACGCAUCGGGGACCACUUCAUGGAGAGCCUGAAGGACGGCGUCCUGCUGUGCGAGCUCAUCAAUGUUCUGCAGCCCGGCUCCGUGAGGAAGAUCAACCACUCCAACCAGAACUGGCACCAGCUGGAAAACAUCGGGAACUUCGUCCGUGGAAUCACAGAGUACGGCCUGAAGCCACACGACCUCUUCGAAGCCAACGACCUGUUCGAGAAUGUCAACCACACGCAGGUCCAGAGCACACUCAUCGCCCUGGCUGGAAUGGCCAAGUCCAAAGGUUUCCAGUCCAAGUACGACCUGGGAGUGAAGUAUGCGGAGAAGCAGCAGCGGCGCUUCGCUCCGGAGAAGCUCCGAGAGGGACGGAACAUCAUCGGCCUGCAGAUGGGCACCAACAAGCUGGCCAGCCAGAAGGGCAUGACCUCCUACGGCACGCGGCGCCACCUGUACGACUCCAAGAUCUGCAUGGACAGCCCGGUGGACCAGUCCACCAUCAGCCUGCAGAUGGGCACCAACAAGGGCGCCAGCCAGGCCGGCAUGACGGCCCCGGGAACCCGGAGGCACAUCUUCGACAAGAAGCUGGAGCUGGAGAACUGCGACACCACCACCAUCAGCCUCCAGAUGGGCACCAACAAGGUGGCGUCCCAGCAGGGCAUGACCACCUACGGCCUGCCCCGCCAGGUCUACGACAACAAGUACUGCUCCAACGCGGCGGCGGCGGCGGCGGCCGAGGGCUACUACAACAACGGCAGCGAGGCGGAGUACGACGGCUACAACCAGUACUCCGACUGAGAGGAGCCGGAGCGCCUCCGCCUGCCCUCCAGACCGCCGGCCACCGCGUCCUCCAGACCAGCGGACUGUUAUUUAACGCCCGUCGACGUCGCCGCCGUCUUUCUCUCUUUUUUUAAACAUGUCGUCACCCGUAGAAUCCACUGUUUGCCUUUCCACCAGCGAAACCAGAAAUGGUGUUUACGCUGACCUUGCGUCAAAAAUGCAGCCCGGCCGCCAAGUCCAGCCAAAAAUACCCCUCGGAGGUUAAGAUUCAUCCACCGUUGCUAUUUAUAGAAUCCUUUUUGUUUAAUUUCUGCAGCUUUUAUGGGUAGUUUGCAUCUAGAGAUUCUGAGCUGUCACUUGACCUCCUCUCCCCUUCGGUCCAGUCUGAACGGUGAGGAUUGAGAAUUCGAAAGCUUCCCGAGAGGAAAACCCGCGUCGGUGCUAUAAAACUGUGAAAACUCAACGAGUCCACGUCUGCAGAGCUCCAGGAUUCCACGCCGCUCCACGACACUGAAGCUGUAGAUCUGCAUGAACACUGCUUCGCUUCCCCACGUCGACUCCGAUGGAAGCGUCUCCUCUUUUCUCAGAAGGUCUCAGAGUGGCUGCAGCUGUUCUGGUUUCUGUUUUAGUUUUUUUUUUUCCACUCAUUCGGAGCCCUGCUUUGGACACAUUUCUGCUCCUCGUGUCUCAGCUAAGCUUUCGGUUCAGUGUUGCUCCAUUUGCACUUUACUCGACUGAAAGCAGCGAGUUGGAUCCGGUUCUCCAGUAGCCAUGCGUCGGUCGAGUCGCUCGGACGGGAUCGGUCUGGUUUCUCCAGCGCGUCCCACCGAUUCACUCUCCUGAGGAACUCUCCGUCGCCCUCGUCUUUCCUGCGGUCACGGUUAUCCAGACAGGUACAAGUUCAAGUGGUAUUUGUAUUUAUUUUUAAUCACAGGGGGGGAUAUUCUCACAUUUGUUCAGCGACCUGGUGAGUAGCUCUGUCCAGCACUGUCCGUCAGAUGAGACCCACCGUUCCAUUUCUGAGUAUUCUGAAUGUAACACUCCAGGGUUCGAGGUGUCGCUCACCGUCACAGGAUUCAGCCUUUCUUGUUUUUUCGUGGUGCAUGCUCUCACUCUGCUCCCAACUCCACCACAAGCAGCCAGUGUUUAGGCCUUGUAGUAUUGUGCCACCUAGUGUUGGGAUGUAUUUUAUACUGUAUUUUGUUUUUGUUUUUUAAAUCUAACCUUCCCUU